AUGGCGCGCGGCGGCCGCUCCGAGAAGAGCGGCGGCGGGUGCGGGCGGUGCUGCCUGGGGUUCCUGCUCAAGCUCCUCGCCUUCCUGCAGGCCUUCGCCGCCCUCUCCGCCGUCCUCUACGCCGCCUCCAUCCUCUCCCGGUGGGCGCGCCACCAUGAGCUCCACAUCCACCACCUCCUCCCAGACCUAUGGUUCGCGUGCGCCGUCAUGGCCGCCGGCCUCCUCUACUGCGCCAUCCUCCUCGCGGGCUACGUCGCCGCCGAGGUCAGCAGCGGGUGCUGCCUCUGCUUCUACACCGGCUUGGCAAUGGUGAUGAUGCUGCUCGAGGCCGCCGUGGCCGGACGCAUCCUCCUCAACGAGCACUGGAUCCAGGAUCUGCCGCAUGACCGCACCGGAGAGCUUGAGAACCUCGUCUCCUUUGUCAAUGCCAACCUCGACCUCUGCAAAUGGGCUGCUCUCGCUACCGUUGCCACUCAGGCACUCUCGCUUUUCUUGGCGAUGGUUCUACGAGCCAUGGUUUCACCCACGAGUGGUGACUAUGACAGUGAUGAAGAUUUUGUGGUCAUAAGGAGGCCGCUGCUUAUUGCCCGAGGAGCUCCAUCCUAUCUCCCUACCACCGCCGACCCCAGGGGUGGUCAUCCGAACUUAUGGAGCUCAUCAAUGAGGCAGAAGUAUGGACUGAACUCCUCGGGGGACUACACCUACAACACACUGGGUCAAAAUGCAGUGCCACCGCAGUGA